ACAUGGACAAACAAGAGGCAGGGCAAGACAUUAGACCAGAUGUACCCAAAACAGCAAUACUUGUUGGGGCAGGACAACGUGGACAUGGAUACUCAUAUUAUGCAGCUACCUUUCCUAAAGAAUUGAAGAUUGUAGGUGUUUGUGAACCAAGAGAUUACCACAGAGAUUAUGAGGCCACACUGCACAGAAUUCCACCAGAAAAUGUCUUCAAAGAUUGGAAAAAGGCAGCUGAACGUGACAAGUUUGCAGACUGUGUUUUUAUUUGUACUCCGGACAGACUUCACAAAGGACCAGCUAUUGCAUUUGCAAAGAAAGGCUAUCAUAUUUUACUGGAAAAACCAAUGGCUGCCACUGAGGAGGAUUGUAAAGAAAUUGUGUCUGCAGUGAAAGAAAAUAACGUUAUCCUAUCAGUUUGUCAUGUUAUGAGGUACAUGUCGUGGGUGAAAAAAGUGAAGGAAAUAAUUGACAGUGGUGAAAUUGGUGAAGUUGUCAACAUUAAUCAUACAGAACCUGUUGGCUAUUACCAUUUUGCCCAUUGUUUUGUGCGUGGUAACUGGCAUAAAGAAGAAGAUAGCUCAUUUUCACUUCUGGUAAAAUGUUGCCAUGAUGUAGACCUAAUUUGUUACUGGAUGUCCAAGAAGUGUAAUAAAGUAUCAUCAUUUGGAAACCUCAGUCAUUUUCAUAAAACUGAUAAGCCAGCAGGAUCCACAAGGAGAUGCUUAGAUUGUCCUGACACUGUUCAAAGUUCUUGUCCAUAUUCUGCCAAGAAAAUAUAUCUGGAUAUGGUAGAAAAGGGACACAAAGGUUGGCCAGCAAGUGUAUUAUGUGAUGUGGUAGAUAUUGAGAAUAUAACGGAUGCUCUCAAAAAAGGACCAUAUGGUAAAUGUGUAUAUAUCAAUGAUAAUGAUGUCAUGUCACAUCAGGUAGUGAAUAUGCAGUUUGAGGGCGGAGCUACAGCUACUCUACAAAUGGUGGCUUUCACAAGCAAAAUAAGUGAACGUGAAGUUAAAAUAUAUGGCACCAAGGGAGAAAUUACAGUACGCCAUGGAGCUUUACCUCCUGUAAGAGUCUUCAAUUUUCUGACACAAAAAUCAGUGAGCCAUUUCGCGCAAGAGAGCAUGAUAGUGUCACCUUUAGGAGGCAAUGAUGGAGCUGACUACAACACUAUUAAAGCAUUUCUCAAAGCACUACGUAAUGAAGACCAAACUGAGAUCGAGACUGGGCCAGAUGAAACUCUUGCUAGUCAUCUGCUAUGCUUUGCUGCAGAAAGGGCGAGAAUAGAGAACAGAGUUCUUAAUCGAAAUAGCAAAGGAGAAUUUGAAUAGAAAGACGUUAUCUACAGUAAUAUUUUGAAACUUGUUCAAGUAUAACCAGUUGCAAUGUACCUGCUUAUGUUAUUUAACAUAAAUAGGAUAAUAAUUAUGGAAACUGUAAAGAUGCCCAUCAUUGCGAAAUUUAAAAUGUUGCAGGCUCGGUUUGAUUGAGCAUGUUAAUUGAAGGGUAAAAAUGCAAUCUUCUGUCAACGCCCACUAGCACCGGCUCAACAUUAAUUUUAUAUUAGAAAAUGAUUAAUAAAGAAUGAAUGUA